UCAUUUUUAACGAAACAAGAAAACCCUUUUUUAAGGAAAUUCGCCAUUUUAGAAGAAAGAGCGAAAGGCACAGGCUUGGCGUGGGUCUUGCUACAAAAGGACCCUAAAAGGUCGCUGCACUUUGAGAAUUGAAUUGAAUACACGGAGAAGGUAGAGAGAGAUGGAGAAGCCAAAGAAGAAGCAAGUCCUGCUUUUCCACUGCGUCGAAGCUGAAGAAUUGGCACUCAAAGUCGCUGCUCAGUCGGACCUCAUUCAGUUACAAUCAAUUAACUGGAGGAGUUUUGAUGAUGGGUUUCCAAAUCUUUUCAUUAACAAUGCACAAGAUAUCCGAGGACACCAUGUUGCCUUUCUAGCAUCGUUCAGCUCACCUGCAGUCAUCUUUGAACAGCUUUCAGUAAUUUAUGCACUUCCAAGGCUGUUCACUGCCUCAUUUACGUUGGUGUUACCUUUCUUUCCAACUGGCUCAUUUGAGAGAAUGGAAGAGGAAGGGGAUGUUGCAACCGCAUUUACCUUGGCUAGAAUGCUAUCAAGUGUUCCUAUAUCAAGGGGUGGUCCAACCAGUUUAGUUGUCUAUGAUAUACAUGCUUUGCAAGAAAGAUUUUAUUUUGGAGACACUCUUUUGCCAUUGUUCGAGACUGGUAUCCCACUCUUGAAGCAACGCCUUCACCAGCUUCCGGAAUCUGAUAAGAUAGUUGUUGCAUUUCCAGAUGAUGGAGCUUGGAAACGAUUCCACAAGCUAUUGGAUCAUUUUCCCAUGGUGGUCUGCACAAAAGUUCGUGAAGGGGACAAAAGAAUAGUUCGGUUAAAAGAGGGUGAUUGUGCUGGUUGUCAUGUUGUCAUUGUCGAUGACUUGGUGCAAUCUGGUGGAACCCUAAUUGAAUGCCAGAAAGUGUUGGCAGCUCAUGGUGCAGCAAAAGUGAGUGCCUAUGUCACCCACGCUGUCUUUCCAAAGAGGUCAUGGGAGCGAUUUCUUCACAAGAAUGAUGGUGCAGAGAAGGCGUUCACCUACUUUUGGACAACGGAUUCGUGCCCACAUACUGUGAAAGCCAUAGGCAACAAAGCUCCUUUUGAAGUUUUGAGUCUUGCUGGAUCCAUAGCCGAUGCCCUCCAGAUCUGAUUAUUGUAAGAGGAUUCGGUCAUAAUGGGAAAGGUGUGAACUUUUAGCAAGAGGUUACCAUUUUGUGGGGUUUCACGAUUUUCAGUUUCCUUAUUAACUAAAUAAAAGAUUGUCGUACUUGUGACUCUUGUGUAUCGUAUUGAAGAACCGUUAAGGUUCCAAAAACUGGGAAGCUGGACGCUCACCCAGUGCAUUACAUGAACAGCUUCUCUUAUUGUGCAAUUUAAUGGAGGAAAAAUGGCUGAAUGUAGUCCAUUAGUGAUUCGUUCAA